CAGCCCCCCCUCGGCUCCUCGCCUUCCCCCUCCCCUCCCGCACCUCCUCCCUCCCGCUCCUGGGAAAGAGAAGCCGCCACUGCGGGUGGGUAGAGAAGCACUAGGCACCUCCAGGAGGGGACUGCGCUCGCCCCAUCUGAGUGCCGGAGCACAGCCAGACCAGGUUAAAAAUACCUUUCUAUACAUGAGACCUACAGACUACAUGUUCUACAAGAACUAAUCAAUGGUUUUCUAUUCCCUGGAGCUACAUUAGAAACAUAAAUAUGGUGCCAAAAGAACUCCUUCCCUUUCUCUAACUACAGUUAAUUUGAACAUAAUUAUAUAUUGAAGAGACGUAUACACACUGAGGCUACUCAUUGCACAGAAACUCUGCGUUUAAGAUCAUGGACCAUACUAGUAGGGAAAAGGAUGAAAGACAACGGACAACCAAAUCCAUGGCUCAACGGAGUACACACUCUUCCCGACCAUCUGGCUCCUCAACAUCCUCUGGGGUUCUUAUGGUGGGACCCAACUUCAGGGUUGGCAAGAAGAUAGGAUGCGGGAACUUCGGAGAACUCAGAUUAGGUAAAAAUCUCUACACCAAUGAAUAUGUAGCUAUCAAACUGGAACCAAUAAAAUCACGUGCUCCACAGCUUCAUUUAGAGUACAGGUUUUAUAAACAGCUCGGCAGUGCAGGUGAAGGUCUCCCACAGGUGUAUUACUUUGGACCAUGUGGGAAAUACAAUGCCAUGGUGCUGGAACUCCUAGGUCCUAGCUUGGAAGACUUGUUUGACCUUUGUGACCGAACUUUUACUUUGAAGACUGUGUUAAUGAUAGCCAUCCAGUUGCUUUCUCGAAUGGAAUAUGUGCACUCAAAGAAUCUUAUCUACCGAGAUGUCAAGCCAGAGAACUUCCUGAUUGGCAGACAAGGCAAUAAGAAAGAACAUGUUAUACACAUAAUAGACUUUGGUCUGGCCAAGGAAUAUAUUGACCCUGAAACCAAAAAACACAUACCUUAUAGGGAGCAUAAAAGCUUAACUGGAACUGCAAGAUAUAUGUCUAUCAACACUCAUCUUGGCAAAGAGCAAAGCCGGCGGGAUGAUUUGGAAGCCCUAGGCCAUAUGUUCAUGUAUUUUCUUCGAGGCAGCCUACCCUGGCAAGGACUCAAGGCUGAUACAUUGAAAGAGAGAUAUCAAAAGAUUGGUGACACCAAAAGGAAUACCCCCAUUGAAGCUCUCUGUGAAAACUUUCCAGAGGAGAUGGCAACCUACCUGCGAUAUGUCAGGCGAUUAGACUUCUUUGAAAAACCUGACUAUGAGUAUUUACGGACCCUUUUCACAGACCUCUUUGAAAGGAAAGGCUACACUUUUGACUACGCCUAUGAUUGGGUCGGGAGGCCUAUUCCUACUCCAGUAGGGUCAGUUCAUGUAGAUUCUGGUGCAUCGGCAAUAACUCGAGACAGCCACACACACAGGGAUCGGCCAUCACAACAACAGCCUUUAAGAAAUCAGACUGCAUCAUCAGAGCGUCGAGGAGAGUGGGAAAUCCAGCCCAGCCGGCAGACCAAUACCUCAUACCUGACGUCUCACUUGGCUGCAGACCGCCAUGGGGGAUCAGUGCAGGUGGUUAGCUCUACCAACGGAGAGCUGAACGUUGAUGACCCCACAGGAGCCCACUCCAAUGCUCCAAUCACAGCUCACGCCGAGGUGGAGGUAGUGGAGGAAGCUAAGUGCUGCUGUUUCUUCAAGAGGAAAAGGAAGAAGACUGUUCAGCGUCACAAGUGACCAGUGCCUCCCAGGAGUCCUCAGGACCUGGGGACUCUGACUCAAUUGCACCCGCAGCUCCUGCCAUUUGUCAUUGGAAGGGACUCCUCUGUGGGGGAGGGUGGAGAUCCAAACCAAAAAGAAGAAAACAGAUGCCCCCAGAAGGAGCCAGUGCGGGCAACCUAGGCCCAGUGGGUCAGUGGCUGUCCCCACCUGCCUGAGGCUCUGAGCAGGUCCCAGAGCUGCUGCUCCUAGCUUGCCCGUGGGGCUGCCUGGUUGACUCUCCUUCCUAUUGUUUACAGUGAAGGUGUCAUUCACAAAAACUCAAGGAGACUACUCUUCUCUUCCCUCCCCUCAGUUUACCCCUAGUUCUUGCCCUCAGUCCCCUCCAGCGUUAAAGCUUGUGAGUUCAAGUCUUUGUCUGCUGAAGGAGCUCUAGAGGCUGGGAGUGUGGCCAAGAAGGUAGGAGGAAGAUGGCAGAAGGGGACUGGAGAAGAGCCUUCUCUACCUACCAGUUGUUACUGACAGUAUGGCUCCCUCUUCCUCUGUGCCUGUGCAGCCUCCAUCCCCAGCUGGCCGAGGGGUGCAGGUUACCCUUCCUCUCCCCUUAUCCUGUGAAGUUACACUGUAGGACACAAGCUGUGAGAAAUCUGCAGUCUACUGUCCCUAUGUGUUGGCAUUCUUAGCUUUCUUGACAAAUGAACUCUGUUCUCCAGAUGGUAGUAGGACAAUGCAAAUUGUUCUGAGCAAAGGAAAAAAAAAAAACUGACUUUAUUGCACUUUUAGUUGUUUUUUUUUUUUUUUUAACAAAAACAUGGCAGAUGCAUAUUGUGUCUGGUUAUAUUGGGAGUUUCACUUUUUUUUUCUGUUUUGAGUGGGAUGGGGCCAGCCAAGCCAUUCACAGAGAACAUGGGUCCAGAGGACAUUCUCAAUGGAAAGAGUUGGGUCUGCAGCACCCAGAAGAGAAGAAGCCAAACUCUCUGUCAUUCUGGGUGGAACACUCAGGUUGGCAAGGAAACAUACUUGAAUUUUCAUUCAUCUUCUCAGCUGCUGAAGAAUGUCCCUAUUGGAGCCUCUUGACCUCAUCAGCCUGCUGUUUGGACAGCUUAGCUCUCUGGCACACAGGAUGAGCCCGCCACGCCAGACUGUGAUCAGGAGAUAGUUUAUCCCAGAGAAGGAGAUGCUUAACAGAAUAUCUGAUCUGUUUCCUCCACUGCCAGGGAUUUCCAACUAGAUAGCCAUCUGACUUCCUUAGUGACUUGGGGAACCAAAUUAGGAUGAAAUAGCCCCACCAUAUGACCACUAGUGGACAGAGAAAGGAGGAAAAUGAACCUGCCUUCCAAUUGCCAGAGGAACCUCGGAUUUGGCAUCCUAGGGCCAGGAAAAGAAAAUUGGUGUGUACUGUCUGCCCCAAUAGCUGAGUUACAGCAUUUGGGCUGGUCUGCCUUAUCACAAACUGGGCCCCUGCAAAUGCUCUCCCAGUAGGUCAAUAGCAGUAGACUUAGGACUCAAUACAUGGGACUGCAGUGAACAAGAGUGUAAGGUCUGUUGGUGCUGGGAAAUUGUAGGGAAAAGGAAACUGAAAUGAAAGGUCUUCAGUUUUCUUCCUGGAAGGUGGCCAUGUAUCUAGAGCAUGUUCUCCCCACUGAAGUGUCCACCUCCUUCCAUGGUAUGCUCGCCUAACAUACUAGCACAGAGGGUCUUGGUUCUUCCUCACUGCCUGAAAACUCAAAAACAGAGAGAGCCAAUCUUCUCAUGCUCAGUUUUCAUUUGAGUUCCGUGGCUUGUCUAAACAGUGACCUUUCAUUCCAGGUAUCAGAGAGGAAAGAGGAUUAUUUACAUCAGGGAACAAGCUCUUGUUUCUUGGAGUAGAAAGAGCUAACUACCCAAGGAAGAUAAUGGCCAGCGACUUAGUCUGAUGAGUUUUAGAGCACAGAAAGCACUGCCUCUGGCUUGAGUGUAGGGCUGUCACUUAGACUAGAGGAUGUAGGGGUUCUUUCUGUUGUGUUUCCUGACAAGUCCCUGAUGUACCUUAGGUGGAACAGAAAUAGCAUUAGCAUGAAUGAGUUAUUGCACUUCACCUGUUCCAUUAGGCUUUGGCUAGGAAAUGUCAUUUUACUGGCUUCAAACCUGCUUAGCUUAUGGAAAGAUAGUAGUUUUUCAUUUCUUUAAAAAGAAAUUUUCUGCAUACAAAUCAGUGUGGCUGGGAGACUCGGUGUCAUACCCGUUAUCCAUACAGGUUUUGAAUAUUGGGGUUUGCUUCCUUGACAUUACCUAGUAAUGAAGGCACCAUCACCAAAACUUUCACAGUUUCUCAGUUGGCAUUUGGACAACUCUAACUUCCCAUAUAGAAAUUUUAAUUUCCUCAUCCCUGUAUAGCAAAAGCCUUGCCUCUCAAGGGAGGGCAAGGGGAAAUGGUGGCAAAGUCUGGAGCAUCCUGAAACUCCAUAUGCCACUAAGUGCCUCCCCACCCUCCUCCUCGUGCUUCCACAAAAAGCAAAGGCAGUGGCCAGCUUGGCUGCAGGGCAAACCCCCCUUGCAACUAGGCUUGUGACGUUUUUUGGUCUUAAAUAUUCUUAAAGGCUAGCUCUUGAGGGAUUGAACCUGAGCAUUUGAGGAGGUUCUUCCUAAUGCACUGUUCUCACAUUCUGUCCCCCUCAAAUCUUUUACUAAAUAUUUGAUUUUUAUAACAAAGGUGAAGAGCCCCAGGACCUUCUGGCAUGGAGGGUAGUAGUGGUGAUCCUCCCAGGACCUUUGUAACUCCAGAAUGGUCCCAGGUGCCUGAGAAAUUAUGUUGACUUUCCUUGAAAUUAAUAAUACAUAAACACACACCUAAGAAGCAAUGUGGCCAUCAGUUCCAUCCCCAUCAGGUCAUUAGCCCCAUGGCUAUAGUUGCUUAACUAUAAACCUCAGCCAGAUUUUUGGGGUUGGGCACUUCACCCACCCACCCAAAUCCACUAGCUCUAUAGUUUUGAGCUUUCUCCAUUUCAGAGCUAUGAUUCCUAGGGAUCUUUUUCCGGAGGAGAUGGAGGGAGCUGUUUGAAGCAAUUCUUUCUGAGUUAGCAUUAAGCACUAGCUCAGCAUUUGUUCGUUGAAAAAAGCCCUUCAUGUUCAUACCAUUAAAAAGACUUCUUCCAAGCCCUGUAAUCCCUCAGGCAUUACAUCCUGAGCAGAUUGAGACAAGCAGUACAGGAAUCCACUAAGGUAUAAAGGGUCCUUUUCCUUGUCACCAAAACAUGACUUGCGGCUGUAGCCUAAGCACCUAAGGUUGAUGGCCUGCUAUACACACUUUCCCAGUGACUUCACUCCAAACGGUUCUGCAAGGGUGGGCAGAGCACACCAGCAGCCAGUGUGCUUUCAUGGCUACCUGAAUUAACAUUCUCCUGCCAUUUUGGAUCUAUCUGGGAGUAAACAAGGUCUAGGGAGGUGAGGCAAGUCAGCCAAAGGAAGUGUCUUGUCCGUAAGUUGCAACAGUUCAGUGGAAACAUACACUGGUAGUGCAUAUUCAGUGUUGAUUCUCAGAGUUAGUAACCACUUUUAGUGUCAGAAAUACUCAGUGAUGGUAUGUUCUAUCAGUUCUAUCUAUCUUCUUACUAAAGAUCAUAGCCUUAACUUUUUUAUAUGCAAAAGAUAUAACCUAUUCCCCCUCCCAGUGAGCAAGCAUGACCCGUAUUUUUCAAAAAUCAGUACUUCCAUGGCAGUCCAGAAAGCAUCUCUUCAAAGGAACUUGAUCUUCUGAUGUUCUCUCCCACGCCCUCAGGCCUCCUGUUUCCUAGUCAGCUCUUCCAUUUUCAUAUUAUUUAAACCAGUUUCCCAUUCCUAAGAAGUUGCCCUGACAGUGUCCUUUCCAGCGUCAGAGCCAUGUUAGGGCUAGAGUUUUUCAGAUCAGAAGCUUGUAGCACCAUGCAGCCAGCAUUGCCUUGGCCAGGCUGGGGCCACCAUCCCCACCAUUGCCACGAGCUGCGCAGAUGAAUUCCAAAAACCCUUCGGGAGCCAGGGCUAGACUCCCCACCCAAACUGGCUAUGUGAACACAGGUUCCUUUCUCGGAGGUUCUUGAUUUUGUUAACUCUAGGACUCCAGGAAAGUCCCAUCUAGAGGUUGAUGGCAGUCCCUCAGUCUUUCCUGUGAUGGGUUGGUGGGAAUCAAAAUGGGAUAUGGUUUUGUUUUUCUUGCAUUUGGGGAGGGGAUGAUUUUGCUUCUGAAUUUAAAAAAAAAAAAGGCAGAAAGCAUGGCCCUCCUGAGGGUUUGCAGUUAUAAGCAGUGUUUUAGCCAUAAAUAAGGGAUCUUGGAAGUCUUUUCCUAACUGCUUUACAGGUGACUGAAAGCAAAAGAAUAGGUUUCUCCAUUGUAUUCAAAAUAGUAAGUAGAUUGCCAUGAAUAUAGACAGUAGUAGACAUAUUCCCUAAAAAGCAACCAGGAAAUCCACUCCAGUAUUUGUGUGUCAGCUUACAAAGGAAAAAGUGAAGAUGUGCUCGAUUUAUUUCUAGUUUGAUUAUCAAACUUGGUGUUACAAAGAAACCUCAAUUCUGUGGACAGAAUUUUUUUGUUAUUUUCCCUUUUUUACUUUACUCCUCACAAUCAUCUUUCUGGUGCCAUUUCCACUUUCAAAGUCUCAAGAGUAGAGGGUUAUUCGUGGUAAUCAACGGCGGUGUAGUGCAGCCAUCCCAGUGACACAGAGGACAGCUGUCCUGACUGCCCGUUCCCCCCCAACCCUCUUUUUCAGAGCAGGUGAGACAUUUUCAGUGUUCCUCUUCAUGAGCUCAGACCAAAUCCCAGGCCAGCCCUUGCAUGGAAAUAUUUUUUAAGGAGCUUAUCAAUCUGUUAGGAAUGUCUCAGGAAAGAUGAGCCAUUUCUUUAGGGGGAAAAUACAUGUACAGAUGGGUGUGUGUGGUGGUAUUAGGAUGCCUGUGUGUGUUUGUGUACUCAUCUGUGCGCAUUUCACUCCCAUAAAGACUCAGCCCAGGCUGCUGGGACCAUGUGUUCCUGAAUAUUCUAGUAACAAGCAAGCUUCUCAAAUUAGUGUCAGAGCAAGUUGGCUUUGGGUAUGAGCCCCAUUAUCAAGCAGAAGAGUAAACAGAAAAGAUAGAGAUGAAACCAAAAAUAUUAUAAACCUCCCCCAAUGGAAAAUAAUGUUGACGUAUGAAUUCCCAUUGGAAAUAUUACAGUGCUCUAAUUUAUUAUAUUAUUAUUUUGUCUGUUUCUUUAAUCUUUUCCAUUGUACCUUUAAAAAGAUGCUGGGAUAUUGAUUGCAAUUUUUGGAAACUAGAUGAUGUAUAAAUCAGCUGUGGAAAUCAAUUUUAAUUGAUGUGUGGAUGUGUCCGAUUAUUGUUAAAUGCAUUUUUUUCGCCCUUUGUUUUAGAUGUGUAAUGUUUCAUAAACCCUGGCACUGGUGGAAAAGCUCAGCUGUGAAAAUGAAACUUGUAGUAUUUUUUAACAUGAAUGUCAAUUUCAAGUGUAUUUGAAAUGGUUCCUUCAGGAGAGAUUGUACACUGUUAGGAAAAACUCCUCUGCAGAGGAAGUAGCCUUCUUUGGAGAAAAUGGAAAAUGGGUCUUGAUAUGUUAUCUCAGAGUAGCCCAUUUCCUAGGGCACCAUGGAAAACACAAAUGUGAUCUUUAAGUAUAAUUCUUCCCCAAUUUGGGGGAGGAAAGGAUUCAGUUUGCACCCCUUUUGUAUGUAAAAUAAAAUGUCUUACCUUUGUUGGCUAAUGCUGCUUCGUUCCUUCGUUCGUUGGUUGGUC